CGAAAACAAAAUGUUAAUGUCAGAAGACUAAAACCCGCGAAAUUGAUUUUCUGUUUUGUUUAUGUCCAUACGUACCUGUUGUUCUAUUUCUUCUGUUUACUUUCAAAAGUGCAAAGUUAUGAAGUUCCGUGCUGUGAUGAUAGACGCAGGACCUAUGCGUGAAUUUACAAAUAUAGUUACAACAAUAUCUAAACUAUCAAAGGAAUGUGUGUUACGUGUGGCUAGUGAUCAGCUUUAUUUCAUUGUGAGUGAUGAGAGCAACGGGCCCGGGCCACCGGUCCUUUGGUGUGAAAUACCACAAGCAAUGUUUUUCUCGGAGUACCAGAUGAUUGGUUUGGAUGACGACCAUAAAGAUAUAUACUUGGGUUUAGGUUCAGCAAAUUUGGCAAGAUCACUGGUCGUAUUGAAAACAGCAAAAUCAUUAAAAAUUAAGCUGACUAAGAAGCAAUGUCCUUGUCUCACACUGGAAAUUGAAACGUUAUCAUCCACUUCCCAGCAAACAAGACAAGUUACCCAUGAUAUCCCAGUUGUGGUGAUACCGAGGAAGAUGUGGUCGGACUUCCAUGAACCCAAAGUACCAGAUCCUGAUGUGUCAAUAGAACUACCACCGCUUAAGCAACUGCGAACAACCGUGGACCGAAUGAAGACCAUGGCUCCUGAAAUAGUGAUCCGGGCCUCGGCUGAAGGUCGCCUCACUUUGCAGAUCAAGACUGACAUGGCUAAAGUGUCUACGCGGUUCAAGGAUUUGAGAGUUGAUGCAUUUGGAGGUCCCAUAGAACAUUCAGACUCUGAAACCGAGACUCAAAUCAACGAGGACAUGUCUCGACUAAGCUAUUGUCGGGUAGACGCAAAGAAGUUGUCUAUGUUCCUUAGUGCUGACCAAAUAUCACACAACCGGACCGUGUGUAGUGUUGUGCAUAAGAAGUUGGUGAUCUUGUGUUUGCAGACUGAGGAGAAUGUGAAGCUGCAGUGUUUUAUUACUGGGAUUGUGUAUUAGUUUAAUAGUACUGACAGAAUCACUACAUAGUAUAAAGCAAAGUCGCUUCCCGCGUCUGUCACUCUGUUUGUAUGUAUAUUUAGAGCUUUAGAACUAAAUGCCGGAUUUUGAUUCAGGUUAUUGUUAAAUAGAUAGUGAUUCAAGAGGAACCUUUAUGUAUAAAUGUUACCGGUGCGAAGCCGGGUCGGGUCGCUAGGAAUAAAGGUAAUAAAAAACUACCUAUAUAAGAAAAUAAUAAUUAUCUCUUAAAGAAUGUGAAUUUUGGAAGGAAAGUGCAUAACAAAACAUAUUUGAUCAAACAGGGACGGAAAAGAACGGGUCAGGCAGGUUCCUUAUUGUUAAAAAAAC